AUGCAAAACACGUGUCACAUGUGUGUCAAGUCAUACACCGGUUAUAAGGCCUAUCAGUGCUAUCAAUGGCACCAAUUUGGCACUCAUUUCGUGGACAUUGUGAGCUGUGGAGACGGUCUAUGGAUAUCUGCCGGUUUGGCACAUCCCGGACCACCUCUGGGCCCCCAAUUAGGACAGCGUGGCAUAAAUAUCGCACAGUUUUGCAAAGACUUCAAUGAGAGGACCAAACAUAUCAAACCUGGUGUUCCCCUGCCUUGCAAUAUAUCCAUCAAUGCGGACAGGAGCUACAAUCUGGUGAUCCGAGUGCCUCCGCUCACGUAUUUCAUCCGACAGGCGUCUGGCUGUGAGAGGGGAGCCAUGAAUACCAGGGACGAAACGGCCGGUUAUCUGACUGUCAAACACGUCUAUGAAAUCGCGAAAGUCAAGAGUGAGGACCCGAUGUAUGAUUGCGUUCCCCUCCACAAGAUCUGUGAAGACAUCAUCGAAGCGGCCAAGACUUGCGGCAUUAAAAUUGUCUACACUUUGGAUGCAAACGAAUACAAAGAGUUCUUAGAAGAGCGCAAACGAACAGUUGAGAGACAACUCAAAGAACUCGAAGAUAAACGACAGGCAAAGAUGUUGAGAACCGGUUGAGCGCCGGUACCUAUCAUG